GUCGCGACGAACCAAAAGCGGUAGGCGGUCAGCAGCCACAAGCGAUGUCAUUCGCCCCCACCGCGGAAUUCUGCCGCCACCAUGAAAUCGCAUCGCUUCAGCAAUUGACCCCACGUAAAUUCAUUGAGAGCAGGCAUCGGUCAUCACGCUGUGGAACGUCCAGUUUGUGCUGUCAAGUCGCUUCUUUAGGUAUCCGCAUAGUGCUAGGGCACUCGAGCUGGCAAGAUGGUCAACAUUACGGAGAAGAUCAAGGAGAUUGAGGAGGAGAUGCGAAGGACCCAGAAGAAUAAGGCGACUGAAUACCAUCUUGGUCUGCUGAAAGGAAAACUCGCUCGGCUGAGAGCCCAACUUCUUGAGCCAGCGGCUGGUGCAGGCAGCGGUGGCGGCGCGGGCUUUGAUGUGAGCAAAAGUGGCGAUGCACGUAUAUCUCUCGUCGGCUUCCCAUCCGUGGGAAAGUCGACAUUCCUGUCCAAAGUCACAAAGACAAGGUCAGAAGUUGCCUCGUACGCUUUCACAACCCUGACAGCCAUUCCGGGUGUCCUUGAGUAUGGCGGUGCGGAGAUUCAACUGCUCGAUCUACCAGGUAUCAUCGAGGGCGCUGCCGAGGGAAAGGGACGAGGUCGCCAGGUCAUUUCGGCGGCGAAGACAAGCGACAUGAUUCUCAUGAUUUUAGACGCGACCAAGCGUGCCGAGCAAAGAGCGUUACUAGAAGCUGAGUUGGAAGCCGUUGGCAUUCGCUUGAACUGCGAGCCCCCGAACAUCUAUCUAAAGCAAAAGAAGGCUGGUGGUAUGAAGAUCACCUUCCAGACGCCCCCGAAGAACCUCGACGAGCGUGCAGUGUCCGGCGUCCUACGAGACUACAAGAUGCUCAACUGCGAAGUGCUUGUGCGCGACGAGAAUGCGACCAUUGACGAUUUCAUCGAUGUCAUUAUGAAAGAUCACCGCAAGUACAUCAAGUGCCUAUAUGUCUACAACAAGAUCGACGGUGUGUCGCUCGACUUCCUGGACUCUCUCGCCCGCGAGCCACAGACUGUGGUAAUGAGUUGCGAGAUGGAUCUGGGUCUCCAAGACGUGGUGGAGAGAUGCUGGAAGGAGCUGGCCCUCAUCCGGAUCUACACCAAAAGGAAGGGGGCAGAACCCGACUUCUCAGAAGCGCUGAUUGUCCGGCGAGACAGCACCGUGGAGGAUGUCUGCGACCGUAUUCACCGGACGCUGAAGGAUACGUUCAAGUAUGCGCUUGUAUGGGGAGCCAGCGCGCGACACAUUCCUCAAAGAGUGGGAUUAAGCCAUCCCGUGGCAGACGAGGAUGUCAUUCACAUAGUCAGCGCUUGGAGAGCAUAGAUGGUAGGAAAACACAAAAGGAAUCAAUUCUACACGAAU